UGGAGUCAUGCACCAAAGAUGAUGUUAAUAAGAAGAAUAGCCUCAUUCCAAUGAUGAUUUCCAACCCAAACGCAUUUGAUUGUUGCAUUUGUUUUCAACCCUUAACUAUUCCGGUUUUUCAUUGUGAUAAUGGUCAUAUUGUUUGCUCUACCUGCUGUCCUAAUCUUGGGAACAAGUGUGACAAGUGCUCAAAACGCAUUAGCUUAAAACGUUGUAGAGCCUUUGACAAUCUAUUGCAAUAUAUCAAAAUGCCAUGUCCGAAUGAAAAAUAUGGUUGCAAGGAGACAAUAAGUUACAGUAAGACGAGGAAACAUGAAGAAGAAUGCAUCUAUGUGCCAUGUUACUGCCCCCUUUCUGGUUGUGACUUUGUUGCCUCAUCUGAAGUUUUAUUCGACCAUUUCAACCAUAAACAUGGGGAUUCUCGAAUCCACUUUUCAUAUGGUUCCUCCUUUGUUGUCUCCUUGAAGAGUAAUGAUGAAGUUAUUGUUCUUCAAGAGCAUACUAAUGGAAAAUUGUUUGUUCUUAAUAAUAGUGAAGUGCAUUUAGGAAAUGCAGUCAAUAUUAGCUGCAUUGGGCCUAACUCUUCCAAGUCAAGGUAUAGUUAUGAUAUAUCGGCUACGUCCCAAAUAGGUUGUCUGAAGUUACAAUAUGUUACGAAGAAUAUCCAACAAAGUACUUUAGCAACUCAUUCAUCUGAGUUCCUUUUGAUCCCAUUUGGUUAUUUUGAACCUCUCAAGCUAGAAAUUUGCAUAACUCCCAAGAUACAAAUUUUCGUAAGGAGAGGGAAUGGAAAGAUGACCCUCCUCAAGGUGGUGAUUUCAGACAAAAUAGCCGAUUUGAAGGAAAAGUAUAUGAAUGUGGAAGGGAUCCCAGUGAACCAGCAACGUUUGAUGUUUGGCAGGAAGCAACUAGAUGAUGACAACUGCACCAUUGCCGAUUACAACAUCCAAGAGAACUCAAUCAUCUACUUGACCUGUCCAGCUUCUUGACCCUUGUGAGGAAGACAAUCACCCUUGAAUUAGAGAAAUCAGAGUACAUUAUUUGAUAAUUGAGUCUUUGACUUUUUGUUUUCUUGUUUAAGCACUUGAGUUAGAAUGAUUUUCAGCAAUCGAAGUAACAGAUUUUGAUUUCAAUAUGAGGUGAAAUUGUAGAGCACUUAAUUGUAGCAUCAUGAUUGAUAUAAGAGUCACAAGUAACUUGAAUGUGAUUCUUGUAUGUGAUUCUUGUAUGUGAUUCUUUUUUCUUUUUUUUUUUUUGGAUAAAAAAAUUUGGGGAGAGGAUUGUUCUCCUGUCCAAGGUAGGGAAGACCUAGGAUUCACUGAGCACUUUCAAAGAAAUUUAUAUUUCCCUCUCUC